AUGUAUUUCCUGCUCAGCCAGCUCUCCUGCGUGGACAUAGCCUUUGCCUCCAUCACUGUCCCACAGUUCCUGGUCCACACUUUCUCCAAGCGUAAAGCCAUCCCUUAUGGCAGCUGCUUUGUACAGAUGACCUUUUCCCUGGCUGCGGGCAACAUGGAAGGCUACCUACUGGUUACCAUGGCCUAUGUCCACUAUGUGGCCAUCUGCAGGCAUCUGCAUUGUGCGGCAGCCAUGACCCACGAGCUCUGCGUGUGGUUGGUGGCUGGGUCCUGGGUUCUGGUGACCCUCCUCGGUGCCCUGCAUGACAUCCGGUUGUCCCUGGGGUCCUACUGCAACAACCUUAUCCUGCAUUUCUUCGGUGACAUCACCUUCCUGGUGUCACUUGCCUGCCCCAAGCCCUUUCUUAACGACCUGGUGCUUUUCACCGAGGGCAUCGGCGUGGUCAUCUCCCCUUACCUCUUCAUCUUGGCCUCUUAUGCCCACAUAGGGGCUGCCGUGCUAAGCCUGAGCUCAGCUGUCAGGCUACGCAAGGCCAUGUCCACCUGUGGCUAUCAUGUGCUAGUGGUGACACUGUUCUAUGGCACGGUGAUACACCUGUGUUUCCAGCCCCCCGGCCACUCCAGCCUGGAACAACCGGCACAUUGA